AUGGUCAGGUUCACUACCGCUGCCGCCGUUGCGGCUCUUCUGAGUACUACCUCGGCUUCCCUUGUCGCACGGCAAACGGCUGCUAGCACCACUACCACGGCUGCUGCGUCUGAUCCCACGGCCAUCUCUCAGUGCUCCGUUGCCUCGUCCACUCAGAUCUGCAAAGCUGGAACGACAGAGUUCACAGUCGUGUCUACCCCUACUGGCACACUGCCCAGUUCGUAUACUGGAUGCCACAAGCAUGCAACUGACUUGUAUUGCUUCUAUCCGGAUGGCGAGGUUGAAGUCGUGGCCGCCAAUGCGCCGGCUGCCACCGCUGCCACGACGACGGCUGCUGCCGCUGCGACUGGCGCACCCACGGCAGUGUCUGACUGCCACCUUCACGGAGUCACGGUCUUCUGUAUGUGGGGCACUACGGAAUAUCAGGUCAUGACGACGCCCACCAACACUGCCGCCUCAGCGAUACCAACGGCCUUCACUGAUUGUCAUGCUCACGGCACUGAAACUUAUUGUCUCGCUCCUAAUGGAGAUGAUGUUGCCAUCGUUGCUGAGGGCGCCGAGUCUUCCGACCAAGACCACACUAGCGGAGAAGAACCCCAGGGCGAGAAUUGUCAUUUCCACGCUGGUGUCGAGCAUUGCGUUGGCGCAGGCGAGAGCGAGAACAGCAGCGGCACGAGAAGCUGCGAAAAGGUUACGCGCGACUAUAACAUUCCUCUGCGUAUCGGUCUCCUCUUCGUAAUCCUGGUCACCAGCGCUUUCGGAGUCUACUUCCCCAUCUUCAUGAUCAAGUGGAUGCCCACUAAGACGCACACCAUCUUCCUCAUUCUCAAGCAGUUCGGCACGGGUAUCAUCAUCUCUACCGCCUUCAUCCAUCUGUACACCCACGCCCAGCUUAUGUUUGGCAAUGAGUGUCUGGGCAGUCUUGGCUACGAGGGAACCACCUCUGCGAUUGUCAUGGCUGGUAUCUUCCUGUCUUUCCUGGUCGAGUACAUUGGAAAGCGCAUGGUUUUGGCGAAGAUGGCCGCCAAUCCUGGUGCAAUGACCCGUUUCUCCCCGGAGACAGUCACCGUCCUGGUCCUUGAGUGCGGCAUCAUCUUCCACUCUAUCUUGAUCGGUAUCACCCUUGUCGUGGCUGGUGAUACCUUCUUCCUGACUCUUUUUGUUGUCAUUCUGUUCCACCAGAUGUUUGAGGGUAUCGCACUUGGCACUCGCAUUGCCCAGCUCGGUCAGCCGACCCCGGCUGAAAUGGCAGAGCGUCCUGCCUCGAGUGCGCCCGCCGAAGUCGAGCAAACCGCCUCCGCCGAGGGCAGCCUCAACUCCCUGAAGAAGCCCAGCUUCUCCCUCGUCAAGAAGCUCAUUCUCGCUUCUCCCUUUGCGCUCGUCACCCCCAUCGGGAUGGCCAUUGGCAUUGGCGUUCUCUCGCGGUUCAACGGCAACGACCGCGACACCAUCAUCGCCAUCGGUACUCUCGACGCACUCUCGGCCGGUAUCCUCGUUUGGGUUGGUGUUGUGGAGAUGUGGGCCGAGGACUGGAUGCUUCCUGGCGCGGAGCUCCUGAGCACUGGCCCGAUCGUUACGACCCUUGCUUUCUUCGGUCUCAUCGCCGGCAUGAUCAUCAUGAGUGUGCUCGGCAAGUGGGCUUGA